GAUGUGUGUUGAUGUGCUUCCAGCUGUUUGUGUGGAUUCAUGAUGUCUGAACCUAUAGUCUGGUCUGCAGUGGAGGAUCCUCCCUACAGCCUGUGAGAUCAUCACACUUUUAAUUAGACCGGAUCCGCCAAUUAACAGGAAGUCAGCCGGUCCCUCUCAGCCUUUUAAAAGCAGCCGAGUCCAACCUCCAGCAGGACUCUGACAGAGGCUCACACAAGAUUUACUGAAGGAUGUCUUCUACUGUACUUUGUGCUGUUACUCUGCUGGCAUGUGCUUUGACAUUUGGCGCAGCUCAGACAAGCUGUAAAGGUCGCUGUGGUGCUGAGUACUACAGGGGUAACAUGUGCCAGUGUGAUUAUGGCUGCCUGGAGUAUGGAGAGUGCUGCAGAGACUAUGAAUCCCAGUGCACCACAAAAAACUCCUGUAAAGGACGGUGUGGCGAAAGCUUCAAAAGAGGCCGUCUGUGUAGCUGCGACUCUGACUGUAUUAAUUUCAAACAGUGUUGUUCUGAUCGUAAUCUGCACUGUGAUGCAGACGAGCCGACUUUGAAUGAUGCAAGUGAUCCUUCUACAUUCAGUGAGGGAAACCAUGCAGAUGACAAUUAUAUUCCACUGGUCAGUCCAACAUCAAAUCCACAAGAUGAUCUCGGUGAUGAUAUGUACAACCAGAUGUUUCCCACUGAUCAGUUUUCCAACAAUGGAGUUGAGGACCCGGAGGCAGGUCCAGUCCCACAGAGCACCAGCGGCUAUGAGUUGUCCACAGCUGACGUGUUGGAUCAAAUAUCUACUGAACCCACCCAGGAUCCAGAUCCUCUGCCGCUCAGCACAGAAGCAUUUACCGCCUCCACUGAAACACAGACCACUCUCCCAGAUACUGAAAAAGAGGCCGAUUUCAACCCCUCCACCCUUAACCCCACUGAGAGCACGGAUGCCAGUGAUGCAUCCACUGCUGGAACCACAACAGCAGCAGCGGUUUCCAGUCAGCCUCCUCCAACCACAGCGCCCCAAUCUGACUCUUCUCCUACAGCCGACACCCAAGAGCUCCAGACAGAGGUACAAACUGAGGAUGACAUUAUUCUAGGAGAAACAACUGUAGCCUACCCAGAGGACCCAGAAGUUACAACCCUAUCCACUGCCUCCUACACUCCUGUGGCUUCAGGAUCCACAGGACCCCCUCAGAGCUCCACCACAGUCCUGGAAGACUCUCAGGGCACCACCAUCUCUUCAGUAGCAUUGGACCUGACACCCAUCACUGAGGCAACCCCCUCAAACCUUGGACCAGAUGAUGCUGAGAGCACAGACAGUGUCCCAACAGACCCCACGUCUUCUCUGACAGACCCUGACUCCACCAGUGUUUCUCCAGAAGAGCCUGGGGACCUGCCAGAGCUUUAUACCCUGACCACCCAAACACCCUUGUUUACAGAAUCAGUGCAGGAUGACACAACAAAUGAAGAUGCAGCUGGAGUAACCACUGCUGAUCCGCUUGAUGUUACCCCAGACCCUACUGCCGAUCAGCUUGAUAUCACCCCAGACCCCACCAAAAACACUCCACUUGAAGCCACCCCGAAACCCCAAGACAAACCAGCUCCAAACAAGCCAUCACAAACUAAACCACCGUCACCUAAACCCAGCUCCAAUUCUGAGACUAAGCCUCUGAUCCCCACGCAAACCCUCACCAUAGACAAUCCUAAAGACUACCAAGCAGAUGACAGCAACGAUACAAAUCUGUGCAGCGGACGUCCGGUCGGCGCAGUCACUACACUGAGGAACGGCACCAUGGUCGUUUUCAGAGGACACUACUUCUGGCUUGUUGACAGAUACAUGGUGCCUAGUCCGGCUCAGAGUAUCACACAGGUGUGGGGGGUCCCUUCCCCCAUCGACACUGCGUUCACCCGCUGCAACUGCCAGGGCAAAACAUACAUUUUUAAGGGACCCCGGUACUGGCGAUUUGAAAAUGGUUUGUUGGACCCUAACUAUCCAAAGGUUGUUCAAGUGGGCUUUGAUGGGCUCCGUGGCCAAAUCACAGCAGCUCUGUCUGUCCCUCAGUACCAGAGCAGGAGAGAGUCUGUUUACUUCUUCAAAAGAGGGGGAACUGUGCAGAAAUAUUCCUACCAGUUUGGCGCCAAUCCAACAUGUGGCAGGAAAGUCCACAAUGCUGUUUACACAGUCCGCAGCAGAGUGGUUAGACGAGCAGUGUCUCUUUUAGGGCCUUCCAUCAACAUCCGGACAUCAUGGAGAGGUUUCCCUUCGACCAUCACAGCUGCUGUGUCCGUCCCCAGCCGCACAGAACAGGAGGGAUACAAAUACCACGUCUUCUCCAGAUCCACGUCCUACAACGUGAGGAUGGGCGGGGAACGUCCCGUUGUUCCUGCGCCGACAGCCAACGAGUCACCUCAGAGCAGAGAUUUCUUCAAAUGCCAAAAGAAAGUCUGAUGAAAGAUUUUGUUUACCUAUAGUUUUAUUACAUUCUUCAUAAAACACACCGCUCCAGCAUGGACUGGUUACAAAAAGGUACUUUAAAGUACAUUCAAAAACAAAACUAAAAACAACAGGCUUCAGAACAAAUAAACACCAUCAAAGCUGAAUACAGAAUCUGAGCACGCCGAUUAGAAAAUGUGUAAUGUGUUUCUAAAAGAGAAUGAGAACUACUGCAGUCACGUCCGUCGCCAAGUCCUCUGAUUAGUGCUUCAUCUCGCAAAUCGUCUUCCGUGUAAACCCCGAGAAGGAAAUCCCUGACCUGUAAGGAUAAAAUAUUUUGUUAAAAUUAAGCCUGCUAUACUGAUGUAAAGAUUAUGUACAGUGGCUGUAUAAAACGUGUAUAACAUGUAAUGUUUCAUCUGUUAUUCUCAUUAACAUGCAUUUUAAACACACAAACAUGAAUUAAAUGCCAUGAAUGAAA